GGGGGAGAAAAAGAAAAGGAAUAUAAAGUGGCCAUUGAAGCAGAUGAUGAAGAAGAAGAAAGCAGAGAAGGAGAGUUCAACGCCACUGCCGCUCCGCCGUCUCUCUCGGCCAGCGAUCGAGCCCUAGACGCCGGAUUCCUCUGCCGACGACAAGGCAAACCAUGGCACUCAUAUCCAAUGCUGGUCCCUCAUGCAAACUCGGGAACGAGAUAAUGCGGAGCCGAUCGGGUUAUGAUCUGGUUUUUGGCCCGAUUAAUAACGUUGAGACGGCCAGAACGAAAAUGAUGUGCCUCAAUUUUCCUUCCUCCUCACGUUGUUCGUCCAAGAUCGCACACGCUCUUCGUAUAGAUGAUGUUUCCAGGGGCUGCAAGAGGAGACGUCAGGUCAUAGUUGCUGCUAGUCCUCCCACAGAAGAUGUAGCAGUUGCAACAGAACCGCUAACCAAAGAGGAUCUCAUAGCAUAUCUUGCCUCUGGAUGCAAGCCCAAGGAAAAAUGGAGAAUAGGAACCGAACAUGAGAAAUUUGGCUUUGAGAUUCAGACUUUACGUCCCAUGAAGUAUGAACAAAUUUCUGAGUUGCUUUAUGGCAUUUCCGAAAGAUUUGACUGGGAAAAAAUAAUGGAAGGCGACUACAUAAUAGGACUAAAACAGGGGAAGCAAAGUAUAUCAUUGGAGCCUGGUGGUCAAUUUGAGCUUAGUGGCGCACCUCUUGAAACUCUGCAUCAAACUUGUGCUGAAGUUAAUUCGCACCUUUACCAGGUAAAAGCUGUUGCAGAAGAGAUGGGAAUAGGUUUCUUGGGAAUCGGCUUUCAGCCUAAAUGGGGACUCAAAGAUAUACCUGUGAUGCCAAAGGGAAGAUAUGAGAUUAUGAGGAAUUACAUGCCUAAGGUCGGCUCCCUUGGUCUUGAUAUGAUGUUCCGGACAUGCACAGUUCAGGUCAAUCUGGACUUCAGUUCUGAAGCCGAUAUGAUCAGAAAAUUUCGAGUUGGUCUUGCUUUGCAGCCUAUAGCGACAGCUCUGUUUGCCAAUUCACCUUUCACCGAAGGAAAACCAAAUGGUUUUCUUAGCAUGAGAAGCCAAAUUUGGACUGAUACAGAUAAUAACCGGGCUGGCAUGCUUCCGUUUGUUUUUGAUGACUCCUUUGGGUUUGAGCAGUAUGUUGAUUAUGCUCUUGAUGUUCCAAUGUAUUUUGUCUAUCGGAAGAAGAAGUACAUAGACUGUACUGGGAUGUCAUUCCGGGAUUUUUUGGCGGGUAAACUCCCUUGUAUUCCGGGUGAACUUCCAACUCUGAAUGACUGGGAGAACCAUUUGACAACAAUAUUUCCUGAGGUCAGGUUGAAGAGAUAUUUAGAGAUGAGAGGUGCUGAUGGAGGACCUUGGAGGAGGCUAUGUGCCCUGCCAGCUUUUUGGGUGGGUCUGCUAUAUGAUGAAGUUUCGCUGCAGAAUGUCCUAGACAUGGUUGCAGACUGGACCCCAGAAGAAAGGCAGAUGUUGAGAAAUAAGGUCCCAAAGACUGGUUUAAAAACUCCUUUUCGAGAUGGGUACUUGAGGCAUAUUGCCGAAUAUGUUGUGCAGUUGGCAAAGGAUGGCUUGGAGAGACGAGGCUUUAAGGAGUCGGGAUUCUUGAAUGAGGUGAAAGAGGUGGUGAGAACAGGGGUGACACCAGCCGAGAAGCUUCUGGAGAUGUACAAUGGAAAAUGGGGACAAUCAGUCGAUCCCGUUUUCGAGGAGUUAUUGUACUGAAGUUCUAGAGAGUUACUGAACACAAGUUUCGGUAGUCCUUUGGAUUCAACCCUAUGUGUUUAUCUUCUGAUUGGCCUUUUAUUUGUAGUCUUUAAUGUAGCAAUGGGCGUAAUAAGUCAUCAUGUAUUAAUUAUCUCAUGAGGCAUCUCAUGACGUUUCCAUUGUUCUUCUUUCUUUUCGAUAUCAAUCAUUGUAUCCCUUUACAAAAUAUUAAUCCGAACUUUAGAAAUCCGGUUUCAUUGUC